GAGAACUUCCUUAGUUACAAGACGCUUGCACUCCGAUUGUGUGUCGAUAUUUAGCUUGUAGCCUUCUUGCUACAUUUUCCAACGUGUUUAAGUCAUAAAGACAAAAUUUAUUUUACCUUUAAUUUAAUUUUACUGUGACGCGAGACAGCGGAGAAACUCUUCGGGUAAAGUGUCCAUAUUCCCGCUCGUUUUUCAUGGCUCUUUAGAGGAAAUGACUUCCAUCCAGUGGUGUUUUUUACCCCUUAUAUUGACGGUCAUAUGUGGACGUCUGGCACACGGAGCUACAGACCCAGUGGGGAGUUCCUCCAUCAGUGCCACCCCCGCUAAUGGGAAGCCGAUCAGCUCUGCCACCCCUGCACCGAGCGGUACGGAGGCCGUGAGCUCCACUGGUGUCAACACCACGGAGGUCCCUUCGCUUGCCACCGUGAACUCCACUGGUGUCAACACCACGGAGGUCCCUACGCUUGCCACCGUGAACUCCACUGGUGUCAACACCACGGAGGUCCCUACGCUUGCCACCGUGAACUCCACGGUGAACACGACGCUGUCCGCGACCGAAGCUCCCACUGCGGCCGCCGAGAGUCCAACUGCAACCACCGUCCAGCGUGCGGUGUCUCCACAGGCGUGUCUCUGUGAUUUAACCCCUGGUUUCUGUGACAUCGGCUGCUGCUGUGACACAGCUGACUGUGGGGUCCCUAGCUUGAGCGCUGUCUUCACUGGAUGUCGGCAGAGAGCCAUAUCAGGUGUUUGCAUUGAGAAAUGGCUGAUGUUCAGAGCCAAUGUGGAUUCGUCUCUUAUCACAGUGACUGACUCUCUGUUUUGUGUCCAGCCUUCAGAUAGCACGUCCCAGUCUUUCCCAGCCCAACCUCAGCAUCCAGUUUUAGGGGACUCCGCCAACUCCUACUUCUCCGACCUGCAUCUCGUCAAGAUCCCAAAAGCUGAGAUGGCAUCAGUGUCAGAUUUUCUGAUCCCAGUGACCAACCUGUCAGUUUGGCCUUCACCAACGCUGCGGAACAGCUCCUGUAUUAAUGCAGUGCAGAAGGUGAAGUUUGUCAUAUUUUACACCGGCAGAGGGGAACUCGCAAACGCAACAGUUGACGUAACCCUAGCCGACGUGAAUCAGAGUCAGCUGUUGCUCCAGACGCACUCUGUAGAGUUCCAGCUGACCAAACCGAUUCCCACUCCCGCAAUACUGAACCCUGCAGUCGGACUUAAAGUUGGAUCUCCUCUCAUCGGUCGCUUUUUAAAGGAAGCGAUGCCUCUGACCUCACUGGGGGUGUCACAAAGUGGGACCUGUUCCCCUGAUACAACCACGCGAGCGCCCAUCCUCUUCACGCACAACAUCAUCACUGGCUGCACAUUCAGCUCUCCAACCAACGACUGCUCAGAGCUGCGCUCGCAGAUUUAUGGGAUUUUGCAGGGACUCACUACUCCCGAUGAGAUCGCCAUGAGCUCGGGCUCCCAGCCAGACUGGGCGAGAGUCAUCACACAGGAGUGUCCCUUCAGCCUGCAGGAAACGUGUGAAUCAGGCUGUGUCCUCCCUCACUCUCUCUCCAUCGAAGUACUGUGGGCUCGCCUGGGUCCCCUCGACCUUCCGCAAAACUACAUCCUAGGGGCCAGAUACCUAUUCCAGUGUCAAAAUUUCAAGUGUCCUCUGUCAUCCUCUCUCGCUCUGACCACCAGAGUUACGUUUGCUGACAGCACAGUCUACCCAGAACCCCCCAGGGGUUUGCCUCAGCCUUUCUGGAAGUUCCCUUUUGGCUUCUUCACGAGAGGCUCCGCUGAGCUGGACGGCCACAUUAUUAUGAACAGCAGCAGCACAGAGAAGGUCACAUGGAGUUUAAUGCUGCUCACAGUCAUGUCACUAACAGGAUUAGAAUUCCUCUGCAGGUAACUUGACGGGUAACUGGAGCAGCACUGGAACUCGAGGAAAAGUUUUCUAAAAUACCUAAUUUAUUGUUUCAAUUAUUUCUCAGAAAUAAAUACAUUUUCACAAGA